AUGACAGGUACUAGUGUCAUGUCAGGUAUUAGUGUCAUGACAGGUAUUAGUGUUAUGACAGGUAUUAGUGUCAUGACAGGUAUUAGUGUCAUGUCAGGUAUUAGUGUCAUGACAGGUAUUAGUGUCAUGACAGGUAUUAGUGUUAUGACAGGUAUUAGUGUCAUGACAGGUAUUAGUGUCAUGACAGGUAUUAGUGUCAUGACAGCUUUGGCGCUACAUACUGGAGAUAUUCCAGAGUUUAUCAUCUUAUACUAUUCGAAUCACUCUAAUUCUGGCCCAUUGCAGGACGAAGGAAGCGAGAACAAUCUCUACGGCACUGAAGUAGGCAUAAACUGCGCUGGUACAUUAGUCAUAGUAGGCGAACCGGGUGCAGACGAGCACCACGGACGAGCGGAUGUGUAUGAGAGAGAGUACGAGGAUGCGAUGGCCGCUGCUAAUGAUGAGGAAGUAGCACAACAGUCGUACAUAAAGUCAGCGGUCUCCAAGCAAAAGUGGCGCUAUAUCCACUCGCACAACCCUGACAUCGAGGUUACAGAGCGCGGAAUCGAUCGCGGCUUUGGCAUAAGUCUGAGCAUGGAUGGGGAUGGGAGUACAAUAGCCGUGGGAUCUACGUACCACUCACUCAAUGUGUUCGAAUUGGCUUUGACAAUGGCACAGUACACACACCAGCCUACACACACCAGCCUAAUCGCUCCCGAAAUAGCUUCUGCUCUGUCUCGAGAAUCUACUUGUGUUCGUGAACCAAAAGUCGCACGAACAGCGAAUGUGUUCUACAUAACGGCCAAGCAAGCGCAUAAAGCCGCUUGA